AAGAAACCCAACACACAAGUAAAGUAAAGAAACCGAGAGCAAAAAAAUGAGACAUCUUCUUUACAUUUUCUUCUUCAUUCCCUUGUUCGGUUUUGCAGGAGCUGGUCAAGAAUCAACACCCAUUGAAGCUCUGAGUCUUCUUCAACUUCUUCCUCAAACCACUGAUCUUGAAUUAGCUGUUUCCGUGAGAGACAACAAAACAAUUACCGAGAUUUCAUCAAGCAUCAUAAAGGCUGAAACAUGGCUCAAAACCCACGUCCUAACUCGUUACCCUUCCACCAAAAUCACCACCAUUGUUAUCUUUCCCCCUCAUGACUCUUGCCAAACCACACAACACAAACCCACCUUUGACCUGGUCCUCUCAUCUCUGAAGAACCUACACCAUUCCCUCACAAGAUGGGGUCUUGAGAAGAACAUCAAAGUCUCCUCUGGCUUCUCUUACCAGUGCUUAGAGACCAUUAAACAUCUUGAAAUGUUCAAACCUACUCUUGACUUUCUCAGAUCCAUAAACUCCACUUUCACCAUAAACCCACCUCCAAACUUCCUCUCUUCGCCAGAUAAUCAUCUUGAUAUGCUUCACUCCGUGGAGAAGCUCGGAUCUUUGAGCUUCAACAAGGUCAACUUCUUAAACCCUGAACCAGAAGACGCUGCGGCGACGAUGGCAACAAGAAGAAACCUCAGAUCUUUAAUCGGUUUUAGCAGAAAAUUCACACUAAACUUCCCAACAUUACCCUCACCGGUUCACUCCUCCAUCGGAUAUCCAUCCCUACAACCUUCGCCGGAGCUAUCUCCGAUCUCAUCUCCGCCGGAGAAAUCUCCGAUCUCAUCUCCGCCGGAGCAAUCUCCGAUCUCAUCUCCGCCGGAGAAAUCUCCGAUCUCAUCUCCGGCGGAGCAGUCGCCGGUGUCAUCUCCGGCACCGGAGAAAUCUCCGAUCUCAUCUCCGGGACUCUCUCUUUCGCCGUGCAUUCCACAUCCGGCUCCUUCGCCGCCGCCGCCGGUGAAAGAGAAGGGGGUGGAAGGGCUGUGGUGCGUGGCGAAACCGAGCGUAGCGGCGGAGACACUGCAGCAGUCGUUGGACUUUGCGUGCGGGCAAGGAGGAGCCAACUGCGAGGAGAUCAAGCCUCACGGGAUAUGUUUCUAUCCGGACACGACCGUGGCUCACGCCUCUUAUGCUUUCAACAGUUACUGGCAGAAGACGAAACGCAACGGAGGAAGUUGCUCUUUCGGUGGCACCGCCAUGCUUAUCACUACUGAUCCAAGUUAUCAGCAUUGCAGGUUUGUUCUGAGUUGAGAUUUGUCGGAAGUGGAAGACCGGUAAUGAUGAUAUCAUGGAAGGAAACAGAGCUAGAAGAAGAAGGGAUUAUACCAAUAAGUGUUUAGUAUUAGUUAAUGAGUUAAUUUCUCUUUAGUUUGUUAAUUUAAAAUGGUCGUUUUCGUGAACUAUUUUUAUCAUUGAAAUAAAUGUUACGUUUAAGUCCAAAAUUAUUCAGGCCACUUUUCAUUGUUAAUGGGCUUUGUUUUACGUAAGAGGAAAAAGAAAUACUAUCAGAGCCAGGUUUCGAUCCUGGGACCUGUGGGUUAUGGGCCCACCACGCUUCCGCUGCGCCACUCUGAUUCUGUUGUUUAUAAGAUACUUACGUAUAAAUUCUACUCAAACACACACUUCGACUCGGCCUUCUCUCGCUGUUAAUGGGCUUUGUUGUUUCAUCAUAUAUGUAAAA